GUAUCCAUUUUCACUGUCUAUGUGUCUCAUUAUGACAACAAAAUGACUGAAUGUUUUAUUAAUGUGUCAUCAAGUGAAGACUCAGAGGUAAAUCAAGUGAAUGAUAUGUCAAUGGAUAUAUCAAUAACCUCAAGAAGUAGUGAAUUGAAUCUGACAUCUGUAUCAACGAAAAAGUCAAAAUUAAAGACUAGACGGUUAUCAUAUACAAUACAAUUCAGAUUGGAAGCCAUUGAAUGGCAUAAAAACAAUGGUAAUAAUCAAUCAGAAACUGCAAGACAAUAUGGGACCUCAAGACAAAACAUUGCAUUAUGGUUACAAAAUGAAGACAAAUAUUGCAAUUUAUUAGACAAUAAGUCCGUUAGUGUGAAAACCCGCCGAAGACUUCUUAAACCACGUAUCGGUAAAUUUCCAGAAAUGGAGUCCAAACUUAUUGAGUGGUUUACUAAAACACGAAAUGAUAAACUUUUCGUCACAUAUGAAUUAUUAAUUAGCAAAGCAUUAGAGAUAUUUAAUGAAAUCAAUACCAAUAAGAGAGAGACUGUGGGUCUGGAGAAGUCAGACAGUCUUCUGUUUAAAGCAUCGACUGGUUGGGUCCAAGGAUUUAUGCAAAGAUAUCAAUUAUCUGUCAGAGCUGUUACAACAAUUGGUCAGAAAAUACCAAAGAAUGCGAGAGAAAUCAGUUUUUGUUUUUUUCAAAAUGUGGAUAAUUUUCGUUCUCAACAAUUGCUGCAAAAUAAUCAAAUUAUUAUCAUAAAUAUGGAUGAAAUACCUGUUUAUUUCGAUUUACCACAAAACCACACAAUUGAUAAAAUUGGUAACAAAUCAGUAGCACUGCGGACGACAGGACCAAUGAGAAGACUAGAU